CAGGACAUGUCUUUGUCCCUGAGUGCAUUUGCAAGCUGUAAUCAAGUUGUGGCUUCUUCCUCUCUGAGUGGCCUUUCUGCCCAUGUCAGUGCAGUACUCAUUUCACAGAGGAUAAUGACUGGCUUCCAGCAGCUUUAACCUGCAUCUUCACAAGGUAUUUGCUUUUGUUCUGGGGUGGAUACACACAUUUCACACUUAAACACAUUCAUCUCUGGAAUACAGCAUCUGACUCUAUGUAGAAUAGAACAACUGCCCGUUCCCAUGUUGUUUAUACUUGCACAUAAUUUGAACAGAUGAACUCAAUAAUGAACCAGACUUGUGGAGGUCCACAAUUCUCUUCUUUAUAAUUUAGCUGAUUUCUUAAAAAGAAUUGCCAUGAUGUCACACAAGUAGGCUGUAGGUUUGAGCCUUUGCUUUAAAAUACAUAAACACAGGUAGGACUCCAUCUAACUUAAAUGUGUUAAAUUAACCUAUCAGAAGCUUUCUAAGCUAUGACACAAAGCUAUCCACUCGUAUUGAUGCGAGCUCCUCCCAGAUGGCUGAGGUCCUCACCCCAUCUCUAAUGUAGUGCCCGGCCACCCUGUGGAGGAAGCUCAUUUCAGCCGCUUUUAUCUGGGAUCUCCUUCUUUCAGUCUUGAUCCAAAGUUCAUGCCCAUAGGUAAGGGUAGGAAAUUAGACUGACUGGUAAAUCACGUACUAGAGGCAGGAGCUCCACUCCAACCCCGGAGAGGGCAACCCACCCUUUUCCAAUCAAGAACCAUGGUCUUGGACUCGGAGGAGGUGAUUCUCAUCCCCACCACUUCGCGCUCAGCUGUGAACCGCCGAGGAGAAGUUACCAGAAAAGAAAGAUCAAAAAGUAGAGGAACCAAAGGCAACAACUGAAAAGACAGAGGAGAAAAAUGCAGAGAAAAGCGAUGAGCAAAUAAAAGACAUGAAGGACAAUGAGCCCAAGAAGGAAGAACCGACAACAGGUCCUGCUCCAGCAGUUCCGGCUCCAGCUCCAGCUUCUGUUGCAGAUCCAGCUCCAGAUCCUGCUGCCCCUUUAAAUCCAGAAGGGGCUCAAGGUGAGGAACCCCCUUCCACACCCCCUGUUGUCUACUCCCGAUAUGCAGAUAAUGUCCUUAGAAGUGUCAUAAAGCAAUUAAGAGAACGAACUGAAAUCCUCAAAGAGAAGGCUAUAGACCCUUACGCCACAUCUCCAGAAAUAUCCCCACCUGUUACGCCUGUUUUGAGAAAAGAGGACUAUGUCAGACAGAAGGAAAAGGAGCAGAUAGCAAAAGAAGAAGAAGACAGAAAGAAGGCAGAGGAAGCAGCCAAAAAGGCAGAGGAGAAAAAGAAAAAAGAUGAGGAGAAAAGACUGGAGGCUGAGAAGAAAGCAGAGGAGGAGAGGCUGGCGGAGGAGGCCAGGAGGAAGGCAAAGGUUCUGCCAGACAUCAGCUGCUCCUGCUUUGAUGUCCUCUUCCAUCCAGUCGAGCAGAAGUUGGAUACAGUGUUGGGACGCACCAUUGAUCCUUUCACAGAUCGUCGGUAUAUCGCCUGGUUGACAGUUGUAGCUGUUGCUUACAACUACAACGUCUGGCUUUGCCCCGCCCGGCUGGCCUUCCCUUACCACAGUGAAACUGCCAACCCGUUCUGGAUAUUUUUUGAUAUCCUUUCUGACGUUGUAAACAUCAUUGACAUUGUGGUUUGGCAGCCUCGACUGCAGUUUGUCAAAGCUGGAGACAUUAUUAAAGACAGAGCUAUGACUAAAGUCCAUUAUCGGAAAUCUAAUCGAUUUAAGACAGACAUGUUCAGCAUCGUCCCUUUUGACCUUCUCUCUCUACAAUUCGGAUUUUCCACCAUAUACAGAUUCAACCGCUUCAUCAGGAUAGAGUCUUUUUUUGAGUUCAGUGACCGUCUUGAGAGUAUAAUGGCCAAAGCUUACAUCUGGAGAGUGGCCCGUACCACAGGUUACCUGCUUUACAUGCUCCAUCUCAACGCCUGUGCUUUCUAUGUAGCCUCAGUGCACCAGGGUCUGGCAACGACUACAUGGGUGUAUGAUGGAAAAGGCACAGCGUACCUGCGCUGUUAUUACUUUGCAGUACGCAGCCUCAUCAACAUUGGGGGCCUUCCAGAACCUGUGACUCUGUUUGAGAUCAUCUUUCAGAUGACCAACUUUUUCAUUGGUGUCUUUGUGUUCUCCAGCCUCAUUGGACAGAUGAGAGACGUCAUAGGAGCGGCCACUGCGGCUCAGACGUACUUUCGGGCAUCAAUGGACGGCUGCGUCGCCUACAUGAACACCUACACAAUCCCAAAGUUGGUUCAGAACAGAGUCCGCACCUGGUACAACUACACCUGGGCUUCUCAGGGAAUGCUAGAUGAGUCCGAGCUUGUGGACAAGAUGCCUCUGGUGAUGCGAAUCGCCAUUGCUAUGGAUAUAAACCUGGCCACCUUCCAGAAGAUCCAGCUCUUCCAGGGCUGUGACCAGCAGAUGUUGGUGGACAUGUUACUGAGGCUGAAGUCCAUUAUCUACCUGCCAGGGGACUAUGUGGUGAUGAAGGGUGACAUCGGUAAGGAGAUGUACAUCAUCAAAAGUGGAGCGGUGCAGGUGGUGGGAGGACCUGACAACAGCAUUGUGUUUGUAACGCUGAAGGCAGGCUGCGUUUUCGGAGAAAUUAGCUUACUACAAUCUGCUAAAGAUGGAGGGAACAGACGGACAGCUAACGUGAGAGCAUACGGCUUCGCGAACCUGUUUGUUCUGGAAAAGAAAGACCUGUUUGACAUCCUCGUCCACUACCCCGAGUCUCAGAAAGUUUUGGCCAAGAAGGGCAGGCAACUGAUUAAAUCCAAAGCUGCAGCAGGGGCUCCAGCCAAAGAGGAAAAACAGAAAGGUCUGGCAUUGUUUGGACAAAAACCCCCAACCCCAAAGUUCCUCAAAGCAUUUGGCAACCUGCGCAAAGCAGGGCUCCUCGACAAGCUCAAGAAAGGUGCAGAGGAGGAGACGUAAGAACAGAAUGUUAAGUUAAAUGUCAUCGUGAACCUUUUUGUAUAUUCAAACGUUUCGAUCACAAAUAAUGUCACACAUUCACAAGUGAGAGCUCCAUGUGUUAUUUGCCUUCGACAUUAAAAACAAACCAUUGAAGAAAAAAGGAAACAACUGUAUGCGGACUGUAGCAAUAUUCCUCAUAUCUUUUUCAAAUCCUGAAGAGACAUAAAUCCAUUAAAAUAAAACUGUUAAGAGCAAGUAACUAAUUAAGUCAUAUUCUUAUAAGUUUUAUCUUAUAAAUUGCAUGUCAUGGUUUAAAUAAAAGUUUUUUUUAUUCAAGCUGUGAACUACCUCCAACAUGAGGUUAGUUUUUGUAUAGUAUUCCACUGGAAUUCAUCUUGACCAGAAUCAACCAGAUUUAACACAGGUACACUUCAACAUGUCUGUGCUAUUCCUCACUCACAUGUGCACUACCUGCUGCAGGGUACUGCUACAUCACAUCCACAGAUCAUUUCUAGAACCCUGGACUAUUGAAGCGACAGAUUUAAGCCCAUGGACUUCAUAAGGUGCAGAAAUUAUGACUAGACAGCUGAUAAGUUAAAUGCAAAAUGUUAGCUUUAAUUAGCACUAUUUCAUUACGGAGGGUAUCAUAUGAUGCUAUCUACAUUAAAUGUGAUGCUAGGCUUUUUUGUGCAUCUUAUGUAAAAUAUUUAUAAGACUAUUCCAGUUAUUUGACUGACUAUAUAUCUGCUCAUGCUAUUGCUUUAGUAUUUUAAGAUGCUGUUAUUCUACUGGUAAAUGGAUACGAUGCAUGAAGGCAUUUCACACAAGCGCUUGCUUGUACAUGUAAAUGUUUCACUCAACAUUCAUGUUUUUGUUUAAUGAGGAAUCGAUUGAAAGAAACUAUAACCUUCUACUUUUAAAUAAAUGUGCUGAAAUUUAAA